AUGACAAGGAUCUCAUUACGUUCACUGUCUGGGAUCCUUAUUGCUUUUAUCUUCACUUUCUACACCAGUACAGGACAGGAAGCAGGCAACACUUUUACAGAGAAAGGUCUCUCCUUACUGGGCUACCAUUUAUGCAAUUAUAGUGUGACCAAGCACGUGUCUAAAAUGGUUGCCUAUCAAAAGUCUUAUGAAAAGCAAACUCCAUGUGGAGGAUGGAUUCCAUGGAGGGUUUGUACCAAAACAUAUUACAAAGAAGAAUAUCAUGCUGUCACAGUCCCCGAGUCGAUGAACGUGACAGACUGCUGUGAAGGAUAUGAACAAGUUGGUCUCUAUUGUUCUUUACCCCUAAACAGAUCCAGUGAAUUUUCCUCAACACUUGGUGCAUGCCCAAAGGAACUGGAGGGCUCAAAUGUUUCCUGUACUAUUGAUAAAGAUUGUCCAGAUCAUAAAAAAUGCUGUGAGACAUCUAAAGGAACAGUUUGUUCAGAUCCUGUACCUGAAGAGCAAACAGUGACAAAAUACUGGUAUAAUGUGUCCGUCCUGGUGAAAAUGGAUUUCAAAGAAUUAAUCAGAGUGGAUCCAAGGCUUCUGGAACAUUCACGUCUUUUGCACUCUAUGAUUACUGGAGCGUUGUGGCCCUUAAACGUCUCAGUGUACCAUAUCCAGACUACUCAAGCAGAACCCUAUGCUGAGACAUUAACAUCUCAGGUCCUGAUUGGCCUGCAACAGCCUUUUCCAUUGGUGAACCUAUCUUCUUUGUUGAAGGACAUUGUGAUGCGGGUGUAUGAGGUUAUCGACAUAGAUGUACAAGUUCUAGAUUCACCAGAUAUUCUGCUUAAAGCUAGCAAUGCCUCUGCUUUGAUGACAAAUUCAACAUGUGCGUCACAAAAAACUGGCAGAUCAAUAAAUUAUGAAUGCUAUCCCUCAGCCAUUAAGAAACACAAGAUCUUCAAUGUUACUAGUAGCAGUUUUGAAAUGUCUUGGAAUGUAGAUCCCUUGCUGAACCAUACAUUCCAAAUAGAAGUGUACAAAGGCAAAGAGUUGAUUCAAGGAACUGAAACCACCAAUAUGUCACUGGAUGUGUUCGGACUGGAAGCAGGCGUACUGUACACAGUGAGGAUCAGCUAUGAAGCUUGUGAAAAAAUCAUUGUAUCGCAUAGGAGUGUGAAGACUGAUGCAUUGAUGUUUGGUGUUACAAUAAGGAUCUUGAACUAUACAUUUACAGAACAGUUCUUAAACACCAGCACUAAGAAAUACCAGGAUUUUUACAGCAUUUUGAUGACUGAGAUUGAAAAAUCGUUUCCUUCUCAUAUGUUUGCAUUGUACAAGAUGGGAAAACUGAAAGUGCAAAUGGACUCCAUUAAACCUGGAAGUAUCAUUGUAAGGCUUAAAAUAAUAAUUGAAGACUCACAGUUUCCAAAGGAUUUGUCUGUAUUUAACCCAAUGGUUUUAUCACUGCAGAAAGGUUCUGUGCUUCUUAUUGACCCACAGAGAUCUGUAGUGGAAGACUGGGAUGAAUGUGCACUUAGGGAAGAAAAUGACUGCUGUAUUUUUGCAGAAUGUAUCAAUACAAUAGGCUUAUAUAUGUGCAGAUGCAGGACAACCACAGAUGCCAAUCCCUCCAGACCUGGGAGGAACUGUGAAGGUGAAAUUGUAGAUCCUGUUACAGAAAGAAUACCUGUGACAAGUGCCAGUUCGCGAUCAGAAAUAAGGACAUUAACUUCUAAGCACAAUGAGGCAGCUGCUAUGCCUAUUGUACUGCCCUCAAGUGGCAUUCAAGAGUCAAACACAUUUACAACUGAUACAAUGGUACCAGCAUUUCAGAGUGUCAGCACUUCUGCAUCCAUAAGGAAUAAUAACAGUCUGAGCAUCUCUGAAACACCACCUCAGGUAACAGAACAAUGGGCCAGCGUGACUACACCAAAUGAAAACUUAGCAGAACAGAGAUCAGCUACUCAGGAACAGCACAGCUCAUCUUUGUCACUAUUACCUGCAGUAUCAAAUAACACAGUUUAUGCUCAUGGAAAUUAUUCAUUAGGAAACACAAGCACAUCUGGUCUGUUACCCGAAGGAAUUUCUUGGAAAGUUCCAACUUCAGCCCUGAAUGUUACAGAACACCCCACAUUUCUGAAUCAUACCGUUGAUAAAAAAAUGGAAACGGACAAAAGCUCUUCAUCUGAGAAAAAAUCACGCUCAUUGUUGCCAGCUUCUGAGGAGCAGUCACCAGCAUCUACCACAACUGGCUCUUCAGCCACAAACUGUAGUAUGCCUCUUCCAGUUGAAAAGGUUGUUUUUUCCAAUGUAACCAGUACCGGCUUUCACAUUGUCUGGACUACAAAUGAUGCACAGAAUUCUGCUUUCCAGUUUCUGUUGUUUGAGGGAGAAAAACUUAUAAAAGAGGUUAAGGCUCGGAGCUGCAACUUGACUAUUUCUGGACUGGAACUUGGAAUCUUGUAUACUGUUAAAAUUAAGACAGAGGUUUGUGAAAAGAAGAGUAGACCAGUACAGCAGAAAAUAAAGACAGCUGCCCAGAAAUUUAGUGGAACAGUCAGGAUAACAAAUAUCAACUAUAGUUCAGGGUUCAGCAAUUCAAGUAGUGAAGAGUACCAAAAUUUUACACAGAUGUUUCUCACUGAGGUCCGUACCCAUCUGCCCUUUUACAUUCUUCAACAAAUGGAUGCCGGGGCAAUUAAACUGUUUUUAACAAGUAUUUCUAAUGGAAGUAUAGUGGUAAACUUUGAUUUCCUCGUAGCUACAGACAUGGAUGCAAGCAAUGUUUCUUGUUCUUUUCUUGAUGCUUUUCAACACAGCCACUGUUUCAUAAUUGAUAACAGCAGUCUCUCCAUACAUGAUUUUGAUGAGUGUGACAAAGAAGAAACGGAUUGCUCUCCUAAUGCAUAUUGCAGUAACACUUAUGGAUCUUAUGAAUGCAACUGCAAAGAAGGAUUUUCCAAUGUAAAUGCUGAGAGACCUGGGAGAAACUGUGAAGAUACACACAAAACACACUGGAACAGCACAUUUAUGCCUUGGAUAUAUUCAAAUACUUCUACCAAUAUGCUUUCAUCUGCUAAAGAAGAUUCUUCAAAAACUUUGGCAAAUACAACCACCAGUACUGUGGUUCCUGAAGUACCUACACAACCAACACUGAAUGUCCAUAGUUCGGCCCAAUUCUCAUCCUUACCAGUCACUAAACCUACGCAGGAGAUUCCCAUUCAGAAUGUAGUUCGAGUGGUAUGUGAGAUUGAAAAAGUUGUCAUUGCCAUUCAGAAACUCUUUCUGCAGCAAGAAGCUAUCCCAGAAUCCUCUCUGUACCUGGGAGAUCCUCGCUGCAAUGUAAGCUUCAGCAAUUCCAGUCAUGUUAUCCUUCGAACUGGGUGGAAUGAAUGUGGAACUGAAGUACACACAAACAAAACACAUACCAUCGUGAAAACAAUUCUACGGAAUGAUAUGUCUUCUCUGGGGGUCAUUCAUCACUUAAAGAUUGCUAGCCCAGUUCGUUGUGUGUUUCAGAAUGACCUCUUGAUUUCAUCUGGAUAUACUCCGGAGGGGGUUUAUACCACUAUUGAAGAUUUACAUGGAUCAGGGCACUUCUUAACCGAAAUGCAGCUCUUCAUUGGAAAUUCUCCAAUUCCCAAAAACUUCAGCGUCUCUGCUAGUGAUGACAUAAUGAUUGAAGUGGGAAUUCGGAAAGAGGACAGCAAGCUCAAGGUGGUUGUCAGUGAAUGCUGGGCAACUCCAACUAAUAACUCAAUGGAUCUUAUGUCAUUUCCUUUUAUUCAUAGCAGCUGUCCAGUUCCAAACACACACACUGCUAUUACUGCAAAUGGGAUCUCUAGCAAAGCACAAUUUAAGCUGAAAAUCUUCUCCUUUGUCAACAACUCUGUAGUUUACUUACAUUGUAAAAUCCAUAUUUGUGUGGAAAACCUGGGAAGCACUUGCAAGACGAACUGCAAUGGUCUUCGCUCUUGGAGAUCUGGGGAAACUAUUGCCAUGCCCCGUGCAUCUUGGGGGCCUCUGCGCAAAUUUGACGCUGAUUCAAAUGAAGAAAAGAAGCCUGGCUUAGGAGUAGGCUAUAUAGUCCUUAUUGUCAUUGGUGUAUUUGUUCUUGCACUGGGAAUAGCAGGUCUUUUGGUUUUCCGAUACCAACGGAAGGCUGGAGCGUACAACUUCCAAAUCAAGUCCGACAAUUUUAACUACCAAGUGUUCUAUGAGUGA